CCGCGCCUGUGUGUGUAUGUGCGCUGUAGCUGUGGCAGCAGUGGUGUACAGUAGCAUGGCAGACUGCAGUAAAUACACUGUUGAAGAGGCGGGGUUUGACAUCUCAGCUCUGAAAACAUCUCUAAUCCAGUAUUUCAGGUGCCGAAGUCGACCGAGCGACCAUUGCUCACUACCGCCGCGCAUCAGCGAACUGCAGCGGAACAGCAAGCCUUUCAAAACUGGAAUAUAUCGCAAGUGGAAGGAGACUGCUUCUGAGUCCGAAGUGUAAUUUCUGAGAGAAAGCAAAUCCUACUAAAGCCAGAGAGAGUGAAGUUUCAGUUGCGUGAAGACAAUACUUUGUUUUCUGGCUGGUGUUUUAGUUUCCAGCGUCUGUCUGUCUCUGCCUUGAAGUACAUUUUAACCAGCGACUCCUACGGCUCCUCAGUCCCUCCCCCGAAACUCAACCAAAAUACUUCAACUCUUGUUCUGUCUGACGGAUAUUACCGCACUUCGGGUUAUUUUUCUCUCUCUCUGAGGUCAGUAGCUCUUUAUUCGAGUUUGACAUAAGUAGUUAUUCAAACUUUGCUGGUUUAUGUUUGGCAGCAGUACGUGAGGCGGAAAUGUAGUUUCACCUGGAACUCAGCCCAGACGCUUUUGCUGUCCAGCCUGCAUAAACUUUACUAUGGAUGGACCUCUAAGAGGGACAAUUGACUGCAGCUAAAGAUCUUCAACAGCAUCAGGACCAUGUGGCAGAAUUUGCUGACAGUGGUUCAGAAUCCCUUCUGAAGCCGCCAAGAGUACAUGAUGACUGAGGCAUGUUUGUCUGGAGACAAAACGCAUCUUAUCAGAAGUAUCAGACCGCUGAUCAUCAAAGGUUAAGUAGCAGACAAAGUUAAAGGAUCUUCUACAUGAGCUGCAGAAAUGGACUAGAAGCUCAUGUGUAACAGGGCAGCUGCUUCUGCUGCUUGUGGAAUAACUUAACCCCAGACUGUUGGGGAGUCACUCCUUCAAGGGUCGAGGGAUCUGAUCUCUGGACCAACCUGCCCUGUCGUCAUCUGACCAUCCCACCUGUCCAAAGACAGACCCCACUAUCCAAUGGCAUGGGUCAAGUUCUUCAGGAAGCCGGGGGGCAAUCUUGGGAAAUCGUACCAGCCGGGGAGCAUGCUGUCUCUGGCCCCCACCAAAGGACUACUCAAUGAGCCAGGCCAGAACAGCUGCUUCCUCAACAGUGCUGUGCAGGUACUAUGGCAGCUGGACAUCUUCAGACGCAGCCUGAGGCAGCUACCUGGACACUUCUGUCUGGGAGAAUCAUGCAUUUUUUGUGCAUUAAAGGGCAUUUUUUCCCAGUUCCAGCACAGUCGGGAGCGCGCCCUGCCCUCUGACAAUCUGCGUCACGCCUUGGCAGAGACCUUUAAGGACGAGCAGCGCUUCCAGCUGGGCUUCAUGGAUGAUGCCGCAGAGUGCUUUGAGAACAUACUGGAGAGGAUCCACCUGCACAUUGUGCCUGAGGAGACAGAUGCCUGCACUUCAAAGUCUUGCAUCACGCAUCAGAAAUUUGCUAUGUCACUUUAUGAGCAGUCUGUGUGCCGUAGCUGUGGGGCAUCCUCCGACCCACUGCCGUUUACAGAGCUGGUGCAUUAUGUCUCCACCACCGCACUCUGUCAACAGAUGCCUCAGCGCAGAGAUGAGUCAUUUGGGGAACUGUUACAAGCAGCAAGUACGAUAGGGGACCUUCGGAACUGUCCAAGCAACUGUGGCCAGAGGAUUAGGAUCAGACGGGUCCUCAUGAACUCUCCAGAAAUAGUUACCAUAGGCUUCGUCUGGGACUCUGACCAGUCAGACCUCACAGAAGACGUUAUCCGCUCGCUGGGGCCUCAUCUCAGUCUUUCUGGGCUCUUCUACAGGGUGACAGAUGAGCAUGCUAAAAAGGGAGAGCUGCUGCUCGUGGCGAUGAUCUGCUACUCCAGCCGCCACUACUGUGCCUUCGCCUUCCACACCAAGUCCUCCAAGUGGGUCUUCUUUGAUGAUGCCACAGUAAAAGAGAUCGGCUCCAGGUGGAAAGAUGUGGUCAGCAAAUGUAUCAAAGGUCACUUUCAGCCUCUCCUCCUAUUUUACUCCAACCCCGACGGGAGUGCUAUCACCGCAGAUGAUGCCUCAAGACAAAACAGUAGCCAAUCUCACUACAAGACCCCUGUCAAUGGAGAAGUACAAGGUUUUGAGUCUCCAGUUAUAGCCCCGAAGAAGCUGGACCUCACCAGGGAGAAUCUGAACGCUCUAUUGGGCCAAGGCUCUUUCAAAGAGAAGCCCCCUUCGACCUUCAGCAGGGGCAGCGGUCAGACCAGUGGAGGACGGGGGCCAGUGAAAAUUGGAACCAACGAUCCUAAGGGUCGCCUCAGGGAGAUUUCUCGAGAAGUUGCCCAGAGAGCAGGAGAGGUGCGUGGGAUGCAUCCGACCAGAAGAGAGCCUGAUAGGAGCGGCCAACGGAGGCCAGAGUCACGCUACAGAGAUCCAGGUCAGGACAGGACCUACUCCCGCUCCGUCUCCCCUCCAGAGAAUGGCUUCAAAAAACACCUUGAAACUCGUCUGUACAGCAGCCAAGGAAAAGGUCCCACACGGACUGAGAGAACACAGCACCUUGGUGGACGCUCCUUUCAAGAACCUGCUCGCUCUCACUCGAGGGUCCAAGUGUUGCCCAGUGUGCCCAGUAUCAGUGGUGGUCAUCACAGCCGGAGAUUAGAUCAACUGUCCAACGGAUACGACACUGACAGCAGCCAAGACUCCAGAGAGCGUACGGGAAAUGGAGGGAAUAGCCGCAGCAGGUCUAGCCGGCCCUGGAAGCCCAUGCGGGAGGUGUUAAACGUGGACAGUGUUUUAAGUGCAGUUAGUGGUGGUAACUCAGUAACUCAAGAGCGAAGGCAGCACAGCCCCCGCAGGAGACCCAGCAGUCAGUCGCCCUCCCGCGACCGAGAGCGAGAUAGGGAUUUUACGUGGGGAGGACGUGAAGAACGCAAACCCAAAAGCCUAAUGACCAUCUAUGAGGACGAGCAGAGGCAUGAAACAGGUGGCAGCCGAAGCUCGCUGGACUCAGAUGGCCGGGGCGGCUACAGUGACAAGGACAGGUCAAAGAGUUCAGCAACUCUGAAAAUGCGGAAUGACAACUGGAAGAUCCAGAGAACUGAAUCUGGAUAUGAAAGCAGUGACAGACUAAGCAAUGGCUCAGCAAAUCUUGACUCACCAGUGGUAGAGAACCUUUCCGUCAAGGACCUGCGGCCCAUACCAGAGCUGCAUCUCACAAGGGAUCACUUCCCUCAGAGAAGAAGUGAUGAUUUGAAGGCUGACAUAUUACACUCCACCUUUUCCACUGGUGAGCAAGGAAGACAAUCUCCAGAUCUACAAGACGCAGACAGCCUGUCUAGUCAGCUAUUACACAGAAGAAGAGCCUUCCGAUACACUCCCGGAAUCUUGGAGAAUCUGGACAGCGAACAAGAGGAAAAUGUGGACGGCAGCCCUGUGAGCCCCGUGCCUCCUUACUUAGCAAAGACGAGCAGCUCUGAGUGGAACAGCUCAGAUGACCUUGCAGGACCUUUCUCCGAACAAGAAGAGCCUGGAACUGUUGCCAGUGUGGACCCUUUCUCGCACAACUAUCCCCCACCUUUACCCCCCAAGACCUUUGGCAACAGUUACACUGACCCAUCUGGUGUCCACUCCCAACUGCCGGAGGUGCCAACACGUUCAAGCCCCCGCAAUGAACCCAAAAAUGGCUUGUCCCCACUCCAGCACACCGCCCUCCGUCGAUGGAUCGAGACACCUGCUGAGCACAGGCUUUCAUCGGAUGCCAGCUCCAAGUCGGGGUCAUCAGACCACGACAGAAACGACCUGUCUGCCAGCGAGAGCGAUGAGAGGUUACCAAGUCCAAUGCCUGGACACGAUGAUGGUACAGACUCCCCAGGUCUGACGGAUAGGGGUCUUCCCACAACUUAUUUCUCUGUGGAUAGCUGUAUGACUGACACCUACAGGGCCAAAUACCAUAAAAGGCCUGCUUUUUACAUGAAAGCAGAGGACCAUACGUCAUCAGGGGAGAGUGAUGUCGAAGGGAGGGGGCUCCCUUUGCCAGAUGUUCAGCCACCAGAGCCUUCCAAAAGCAGAUCAGAAUCAGGCUAUUCUACCACAAAGACUACUGCAAAGUGGAACCCAGUGACUCCAAAAGGACUUGAUGAGCAUGGUUUCCUAUGAUUUUAGCAAAAGCAUCAACAGACCUUGUACGAUCCAUUGACUGGACACCAGAAUGACUUUUUAUGCACUAUGACUGCUUCUAACUGGGAAGUGUAUCAGCUUAUAUACUUGUCAUAAAAGAAAGUUGACAUGAAACUGGAAGCCAAAGAGAUUGUAAGAAGAAUAGCAGGUGUCCUUAAUAGCUAUCUUGCUGUUUUGGUGUGAACUACUAAAAGCUUUGAAUGAAUAGUAAAUUUGCACAGUAAAGAGCACCAAAAAGUUACAGGAGUGAGAAACAUGCCUAAUUUUUUUUGUUUUUGAUCAUUGGAGCUCAAAAGCAAAGGGUUAGAUUAGUAAAGAAUGUCACAAAAAGCCACUUUACCACACAAGAGAUUAAAGAUGUAUUUUACAUGAAGAAAUAAUCAAAUUCUUGCAGUUGUGCUUUCUCUCACUUUUAAGGAAUGCGUUUAUUUGUUUAACUACUCCCAUUUCAGUGUUAUGAGGUGUCUGUCACAGGUCUAUUUCUUUUUGACACAAUCUACCUACCUUUUAGUGGGUUUUAAAGAAUGCAAGAGGUUCCAGUAAUAUUCAGAACGUAUUUUGCAGAUUAGAUAGAUAAAUAGAUGGAAAGUCAACAUAAUGGCACGACUUAAAAAUGGAUCCUAAGGAUCCCUGUGAAUAUGACGUUCCAGGACACCCACAAAGGUUUUUGUCUGGUCAUUAAACAUAAACCAGAUCAGAAGUAUAGGUGUCCAGGAGUAAUACUGUAAUGGGUAAAUAUGUUAUAUUGAUUGUUUAUUGGUAGAAAAGUGUGUGGCACAUUAAACCUAUCUCCUCAUAUGCACACCUUCACACAUCCUUACCUAUUUACUGUUGUAUGUCCUGGCACUGUAUUUCUUGAUUCUUUUUCUUUUCACACUCCAUACAGUUAUAAGCUUCAUCUUUUGUCUUUUGAAUGAAUUAUUCAGUUUUCUGUCCUGUUUCCUACAAAUAGCUCCUAUUAGCAGCAAGUCUGCACUGGUAGGACAUGGACAUGUGAAAUUGUCAUAGAGGUAGAUAUGCUUUUUUUUUUGAAGGGGGUUAUUAACAAUAAUAAUAAUAUUGUAAAUCUGAGUAGUGGACUACUUUUGGUUCAAUAUGUUUUAUAUAUGGAGCAGACUCUAAUGCACAGUGCCUUUUGUAUUUUUCUAUGUCAUGAGGUUAAAUUGGAGCCAUGAUUUGUACAAUUCUUUAAUUUUAAAGAAUUUUUGUAACAUUUUAUUUUAUUUUUAUUGAUGAAUAAUUGUUAAAUAAACAAUUU